AUGCCGGAAGCCAUAGCGACAACAAAGCGGAAGUUCUACAAGGCUCUCGACGCGUUCACGAACCGCUCCCAAACCUCUCUCGAAGCUCCAGCUGAGGCACGAACGUCAUCCACAGCGGGCGCUGCAUCAUCUCAAGCAUUCGACGAAGCACGCGAGAGGGCGCGCAAAAGACUUCGAUCGAGCACAUCCGCAACAUCACUCGCGAGCCUCACUCAGAUUGGUUCGACUCUGCAAACAUCGAAAGCUCCUCUCACAGUCCGCAGUGUUUCUAAAUCAAGCGACAAGACCCAACCUCCUCCCAACUUUUCUCCCUGGUCCCAGGAAUUAUUCCUUGCGAGGUUACAGAGUUUCAGUAGUGUAAGCAAGUGGCACCCGAAACCUGAUUCGGUGAACGAAGUUGUUUGGGCGAAACGGGGAUGGUCGUGUGUAGAUGUAAAUACGGUCGCGUGUCGGGGCGGAUGUGACAGGAGAAUUUUGGUGGAUUUGCACGUGGACUCCAAGGUCACAUCAGGCGAGGUCGAUGACGAUGACGAUGAAGAGUCCGAGAACCUUACGGCCCUGGAGACGGCUCUCGCGGAGAAGUAUCAGAGCUUGGUGGUACAGGGCCAUUCAGAAUCAUGUUUGUGGUUCAAGGCUGGAUGCAAGGACGACAUUUAUCGAUUACAAGUCGUGCGCCCGUCAAUAUGGCAGCCCGAAUUGCGGAAACGAUUUCUCACACUCCUGGACAUUGGCGACGCCAUCACUGGUGUUACAAUCCAAGCACCAGGAGACGGAUCUGCUCGCCUGUUGUUAGACGACUUGCCGAUUGCCAUCAUAAGUCCCAAGGAGAGGUCGAAAACAGCUUCCAAAAAAGCAUUAGAUUUAGCCCUUUGCGGCUGGCGAGGCUCAGUCGAGUCUGGUAACCAGCUUCUCCACUGCGACGCCUGUUUCCAAAGAAUCGGGUUGUGGAUGUAUCAGCCCGAAUACAUCGCCUCGCACCGCAGACCUGACGAAGCAGCCGAUGGCGACGAAAUCACUACUUCCGAAGAUCACUCCGGCUUAGACAUUGUCGAACUGCAUCGGGAACAUUGCCCCUGGCGUAGCGCCGACUCGCAGUGUGCCACAGGUAGUCUCCACGGUCUUAACGCGAGCCAAAUCCUGCAAAAAAUCGCGACCACAUGCGCGCGGGAUCAUCGCAGGAGAUCCGAUGACAAAUCACGACAUGUUGCUGCAGCACAGGAUGACGAACGAGAUAAUGACCAUGCUUCGGCCAGCGAAAGACCAGCUGUGUCACGAGAGGAAGUGGCAAGGCAAGAUAAGGAGCGCGAAUCGCGUCUAAGGAAAUUGAAAAACUUGUUCAAUAUCAAGCGGAGAGCU